ACCUGAUACGUGUCUGCCAAAUCAGGGCCAGCGCUCCGUUUGGGCGCCGCCUUUUCAGGAAACCUGCUCAGUGGCCUGUCUCUUGGUUAAGCUGAUUGAGGGCCUGCAUUGUGCAUUUCCGUCCCAGAAUGCCACCAUUCCAGGACUUGCAUACCUCCCUAGCAAGAAGCUGGCUGAAAUGACCUGGUCCUUGGCAGCAUAGACUCUGCCCUCAUCCGCGGUACUUGGACAUUCCGCAGUCUCUCCCUUUUGUUCCUCCCAUCACUCUCAUACUCAUAACCACAAUCGCUCUGAUCUCGACAUAAUCGCAGUCGAGUUCAAUAUCAUCAAACCCAGUACCCCGCGCUUCCAAAAGGCCGCCGUGGUUGAUCGUCGCGAUCGCAUAUUGCACCAGAUAGACCCCCACUAUCAUCGUCCGUCAGCGGUGAGACCCAGCCUAGGAUCCUGUUAGUUAUCCCAACGCAUUUUCUGGCCUCACAAAGACCUUUUCGGGCUUCUUUCUAUGAAAAUUUGAUUCAGAGGACUUGACUGUCUCCAAGAGAAUUUCCAACAGUCGGAUCAGCAAGGGUUGGGAUCCGACCGGGCGCAGCCAAGUGAAUAAACCUCACCCAGGCUCGGCCACGACUCUGAAUUCAUAAGCCUUCAGCCGAUAAGUCUAUCUUUUUCAACUAUGCGACCGUCUCAAGCAGAGCCGUUCGCGUCUCUUAGAAGCGAGCGAGGAGAAAAUCGCGCUCCCUGGGCGACAGAAUCCCAUCCAGAAUCUCAAGUGAAUGCGAGUAUUCGAGGCAUACGCUCUGAAGACUCGUGGGUGGAAAUCUCAUCACGAGCUUCAUCGGCCUCCUUAUCGUCCACUAACAACGAUAUCAUCACCACUGGACUCCAACUCCGAACUCCAGACGAGCGCCUAUCACGUCAACUCCAAACCUCCCCCCACGUCGCUCAUCCUCAGCCGCGUUCUACGAGCACCGCUGGAAGUAGCCAGGAUGAGUAUGAAGAGAGCGAGAGUGAAAGUGAUCGGGUUCUCAGCAGCUCCAAUGAAGAUAUCUAUCAAGGCGACACGGCGGAGGAUGACGAUACCUCCACGGCGGUUGGUGUUGGCAGCCUAGACAAAGUGUUCACACCUCAGCCGAACGCAUUCUCGCACCCGCCGUCGUCCCAUGCUCGAACCGUACCAGAUUCAUAUUUCCCUCAGGCUGCAGCAGCCGCAUCUGAGCGACGUGCUGAACGCACCCUGACUCAACGCAGCUACCAGCGUCAGAUGCAGUCGAGGCCGCGUCCUGGUUCAUCGUCAUCAUUCCAGCCGGACCAUGAUGCGGCAUUGCGGGCGUCCUUGACCACCCUUCUCUCAUGUGCCGCUGCAGUCCGACCAAAAGGUCCUGAUGCCAGACCACCCCAGCAACGGGCAUCGACACAACCCACAACCCUGCGACUUGUCCCAGAAUCAGAGCUCGAGACACCGCCUCGACAGAGACGCACUUCGUCUCCCAACAAACAGACCAAACGCAAAUCGCGCGAAUCGAGCAAAGAUCGACAUGCCGCGAAGAAGGUCCGCGCUGCCAGCGCCAAAGCGACCGCUAUCGCGACGGGCGAAGAGCUGAUCAGCCCAACCCUCGCGUCGUGGAUGAUCUCGGCUGGUGUGGUGCUCGUGUUCUCGGCCAUCAGCUUCAGUGCGGGAUACGCUUGGGGGCGAGAGGUUGGAAGGAUCGAGGGCGAGAUGAGUCUCCCCGGUGGAAGCUGUGGGCAAGAAUCAAUGAGGUCGAGUGGAAACGGGUUGAGAAGAUUGAGAUGGAGUUCGGCCGCCAGCAGUAUACGUGCUUAAUAACGGCCAUUUUCCGGUUGGCGUUUGGUAAUGCAUCAUGAGGAGCAAGAAAUGACAACGACAGACACGAUGGGAAUGGGACAAUCUGCUAAUGGGGGAAGGGAUGAGCCGAAUGAAAUGAUACCCCGGCGGAAAACCACUCUUCGACACCAGCUGUUUGCAUGACUUGGACACACUUGAUGUCGCAGGAAGUAUAUGAAUGCAUGGGAAACAAUCGAGGCGUUUUCAGAUGACUGGCAUUGGAGAGGCGCUGGCAACGGUGCAAUCAGAGUAUCGAUCGCAUACAUAGACAUCGAAUACCAGGGUAGUUCCGAUGACGGGUCGUUGGGUUCCUUCCCGACUG